UGCUUCAUCUGCAUGGCUUGUCGUAAAGGUUUGGACAGCACUACAGUUGCAGCACAUGAGUCUGAAAUUGACUGCAAAUCCAGCUACGGCAAGAAAUAUGGUCCAAAAGGUUAUGGGUACGGCCUGGGCGCCGGAGCGUUGAGUUCUGACCCCGUCAAUAAUGAAGAACUUCAGCCUCAGGAGCCCAAAGCUCCCCGUCCUGCAUCUGCUAACUCAAACCCAAACAGGUUUGCACAGAAGUUUGGGAGUACAGAUCGCUGUCCUCGCUGCUCUAAAGCGGUUUAUGCAGCAGAGAAAGUCAUGGGCGCUGGAAAGCCCUGGCACAAAACCUGCUUCCGCUGUUUAUUGUGUGGGAAGAGCCUGGAAUCCACCACGGUGACAGAUAAAGAUGGAGAGCUCUAUUGUAAAGUUUGCUAUGCCAAAAACUUCGGUCCAAAGGGGCGUGGCCUGGGGAACCUGGGUGUGGUCGAGGAGAAUGAUUGACAAGUUUAGUCCAACCCAAUGCAGCUGCUAUUUCACUGCACACAACAUCGGUUAAGGCUAGAAGGGAUAUGCAUGGCGCUACUG